AUGCACUGCAUUCCUCUCCUGGCUAGUGCCAGCCUCGCCACCGCAGGUCUCCUGUCAUCCACCACAAAACGCGACACUUGGGGUGGUCGCGUCUCACUGGGACCAACUAAAUCCACCACCAUCAACGCCGUGUCGACCCUCAUCCCCGGUACCGCACCAUCCACGCAGAACGGCGUAGAUAGCGUACUUUCCCUGUGGCCCGGCAUGUCCAACGGCACAGGGGAUCUCAUCCAGACGACGCUGGAGAGCUGGACGGACAAUUCAUCGUGCGGUGCCACGACAAGUCAAUGUGCCGUCGCUGGGUCGGACCAGGUGCGGAUUGAGUAUAACGUGGAGAGCAAUGGAGAGACCUGGAAGCAAACUGUUAUCAAUGCGCAGACGGGUGAUCUGCUGUCGACUUACUCCCUUGUCUCGGGGCCGUAUAUGACUGGGCAUGGUACUGGGACGGAGUGUAAUGAUGACUGCACUGGCACUGUUGCUGCGCAGGAGUAUCGAAACACCAAGAUCACGCUCGCCUCUGCUGACACCGCGUUUGGGGAUACUAUUGCGUCGGCGACCGGGGCUUCGUGCAAGGGACUGGGGUCUAGUGAGGGCGGCAAAGUGUGGACGAUCCAGCGCAUCAACAUUCCUGCCAUGUCGUAG